AUGGCUACCCCCAGUGUUCUUACCUUUGACACUGAGGGCCGUGCUGUUGACUUUGAGGUCUGGGUCGAUGACCUCCAGCUGUUCCUCCAGUGCGAUUGGGCAGACGGCCUCUCUGUGUUCGACCUCACCUCUGGUGCCUCCCCUGCCCUUGCACGCUACUCUUCCCCUGCCACUGCUGCACUGAGCCGCCUCAUGCUACCGUACCUCUUCCCUGACCUUGCUGCCUUUCCCACAGUCGCUGACCUCAUUACGCACCUCCGCACUAGUGACACUCGCUACCGCGCUGCGCUUCCUGCUGAGUUCUGCGCCAAGAACCCCCCCCCCAUGUACAUCACCCUAUACAACAUAGUCACCCGGCUCCCUGACUCUCUUCGCUUAGUCAAGGACCACUUCCUCUCAGUUAGCCCCACCACUCUCACCGUUGACCUCCUCGAGGAGCGCCUCCUAGCAGCAGAGAAGAGCAUAAUUGCAGUAGGAGCCUCUCGUGGUGACCCUUGCACCCCCGUCUUUGAGGGGUGUUCCCCCUCCCCCCUCUCGCCCUCUGUUGCUUCUGCUGCUGCUGCCGACCUCGUUGGUUUCUACGAGGUCGGUGCUGCGUCUGCCCUUGGCGGGAGACGCUGCACCGGCAAGGGCAAGGGGGGCGAGGAGCUGGAGGGGCUAGCGGGGGCAGUGGAGGUGGUGGUGGAGGCAGUGAAGGGGGUGGGGGUGGUAGUGGGAGUGGUGGCGGGGGUGGCGGCGGCGAUGGCAGCAGUGGAGGCGGCGGAGGCGGCGGUGGUGGCGGAGGGAGCGGAGGCGGCGGAGGUGGCGGAGGCGGCGGAGGUGGCGGAGGCGGCGGAGGCGGUGGCGGCGGCGGCGGUGGAGCUGGCCGCGACUCUGCGCAGAGGAGUGGGUCCGGUGGUGGUCCGCGCCAGCAGCAGCAGCGCGGUCAUGAGACCCUGUCCCCUCAGCAGCUUCGUGAGUGGUACGCUGCGCGUCAGCGCGGUGGGGGUACUGGUCCCUGUACCUACGUCCUCCGUACCGGCGACCGUGCUGUUCCCUGAGGCGUCAAAGAUCCCUCGCUGGGGAGAUCUGUCUAGGGCGGGGGUUGCCAUCUUUGAUCUUGACUAUGAUGCUAUCCUUGCUGCCAUGUAUGCUGUGACUACUGGUGUUGAGGGUGAUUGUUACCUGUGUGUACCGCCUGACCCGGGCAUUGAGGCUACUGCUCUAGGUGCUGGUGAGGCUGCUGCUCUAGGUGCUAGUGCGUCUGGUGCCCCAGGUGCUAGUGCGUCUGCUGCCCCAGGUGCUGGUGAGUCUGCUCUCUUAGGUACUACGUCGGCUCAGGCCUUACACACCUUCACCCUUGACUCGGGUGCGUCCCGCUCCUUCUUUCGAGACCGCACCACGCUUACGCCGCUCAGGCGGCCGGUUGCAGUCUCCCUGGCGGACCCCUCUGGGGGUCUUGUCCUUGCUAGCUUCUCCAUUGUCUUACCGUGCCCGGCAGCCCCCUCUGGCACCCUGUCAGGUCUCUACCUCCCCUCGUUCUCUACGAACUUGGUGAGUGGAGCGGACCUACAGGAUAGGGGGGUUGACCAGUUCACUCCUGCGAGUCAGCGGGUGACCCACUGCACGUGUGCUCGGACAGACCGACACUUGGCCACGUUCACCCGUCGGCCAGGGUCGAGCCUGUACACCCUUACUACUGAGUCUCCUCCGGCUGCUGAGUCUCGCCAGGUAGCUGCGUCGAGUCAGGUGUUUGCUGCAGCGUCCAGGUAG